AUGACGACGAAAGACAUCGGGUGGAAGUAUACGAAUGCGUGGCUGGUGGGUAACCUGCUGUGCAAGUUGCUGCUAGUUCUGCGAGCCUUCGGGCUGUAUCUCUCCUCCAACGUGCUGGUGUGCAUCUCGAUUGACAGGUUUUUCGCUGUCAUGUACCCUCUAAGGUUACCAGAAGCGAGAAGAAGAAGCAAACAGAUGCUCUACUGCGCGUGGGCAGUGGCUCUAGCGUGCAGCUUACCUCAGAGCAUCGUGUUCAGCGUGAUGCGGCACCCUGUGGUGGCUGGCUUCGAGCAGUGCGUGUCUUUCGACGCGUUCAGCACGGCGCGGCAGGAGGUGGCCUACAACGUGUUCUGCCUGUGCGCGAUGUACUUCGUGCCGCUGGUCAUCAUCACUGUCUGCUACGUCUGCACCUUCUGCGAGAUACGCCGCAGCAGCAAAGACCUCGAUGAAAAGUGCACUCACCAUCAUCACCGCAGCGGCCCCGUGCGUCUGCGCCGCUCGGAUCGACGCGUGUUGGAGCGCGCGCGUCGUCGCACGUUGCGCAUGACCGUCACCAUAGUCGCGGUCUUCGCGCUCUGCUGGCUGCCAUACGCUACAAUGGCGAUGUGGUACAUGAUAGACCGAGUGUCAGCGCGGCGAGUGUCGCCCAAGGUCCAAGAUCUGCUGUUCGCGAUGGCUGUCUCGAACUCAUGCAUGAACCCGCUGGUGUACGGCUCCUAUACACUGAACCUGCGCGCGGCGCUACGUCGUCUGAUGAACAAUUCCUGCUGCGCGUCUACUAAGCACUCUGAUACCCUGGGUAACUCCGGCUCUAGUUCAAUCAAGAACAGAAACAACAACUUGGCGACGCCUCUCAUGACUCCAGUUAAGAGCAACCGCAUGCGCACACGGUUAGGGGUACGCUUCGCGGAGACGUCGCUGACGGCGGUGCCCUCGCGGGUAGAGCCUGACGGCGCCCGCGCACCCGCCUGACGACCGCCUGCGCGGCUCAUAUGCGCGCGCAGCGAGCGAAGCCGCGUGCUGCGCGAGGGCUGCCGCGGACCACACCCCGUCUGAUCCUACCUUAUAUUACACUUACAUAACAACAUACGCUCACGAUCAUCCCAAUGGGGUGGUCAGAGGUAAACCCACCGUAAUAUGAUCUAAGUACCCACACGUCACCGAGCUACGGCUUACCACCUAUCACGUUAGUCUAACAGAAAGCUCGAUGAGGUGUAGGUUACGUAAAGUAAGUAAUAUUUAAUAU